ACUCCACCUUGCCUUGCCUGCAUGCUUGCUUGUGAGUACGUGCUGCGUCUGCAGAUGCGCUGCCAGCAAAGUUCGUCUCACGGUGCCCCGGUGCGCUCAUUGGUGCGUCCCUCCAACGUGUCACCACUUUUGUUGGAUUACCCCACAGCAGAUAUCCUCACCACCAGACCAGGACACCGUGGCAUCACUGAACUCUCCAGCUGCAGAGCAGGACCUCAAACUUACAACAGAGGAAGACUUUUUUCCCGUUAUUCGUUUUAACGCACAAGUUGAUUUGACAGUCAAAUGGCUCAGGUCUCCUCAUUGCGCGCGUUUCUCUUUUUCACCCCGUUGCUCUGGGAGGGUCUCUGGGUAGGCGGUAGCCCCUCGGGUUGCGCGUCCUGCGGGCCCCGGCCCCUGCAGGGGAGGGACGCGGAGGAGAGGCUGAUGGUGGAGAUGGCAAAGCAGCAACUUUUGGACAAGCUGCACCUGAAAGAGAGACCGAGGAUCUCUCAGACUGUACCCCGAGCGGCGCUGCUCACUGCGCUUCGCAAAUUGCACUCGGGGCGCGUCAAGCAGGACGGCACCCUCGAACUAGACAACAAUGCGCAAUUCAAAGACCAUGGCUAUGAAAUAGUCAGCUUUGCCGAUAGAAUUGAAAGUGGAGAUGGAGACGAGUCAAAUGUCAGCCUUACCUUCCAGUUCAUGCAAGAACAUGGCCACAGCGUCCAGGUGCUGCAGGCCUCCCUUUGGAUCUAUGUCCGUUCCUCCAAGUCGCCCUUCCAAGUGCCAGCUCAAGUCUUCCUCACCCCAGAUGGUGGCGAGUCAAAUAGGACCUUAGUGAUCGAAAAGAUGCUGGAGGUCCAGGAGAGUAACUGGCACACCUUCCCCAUAAGCCGCACCCUGCAGGCCUUCCUUGACGGCGGCCAGAAGCGACUCCAUCUGCAGGUGAGCUGUGAUGAAAAUGGGAGAAAUCUUUGCUCCCUGGAAAACUCUUCCAACACCUCGUAUCAGCCCUUCCUGGUAGCCCAGGUGCGUCACCGUGAUGAUGCCGCCAGACACUUGCGCAGAAAGCGUUCACUGCGGUGCGGCAAUGACAUCACCGUUUGCUGCAAAAAAGAAUUGUACAUCAAGUUUAAGGACAUCCAGUGGCACGACUGGAUCAUCGCGCCAGAAGGCUACCACAUGAACUACUGCGUGGGGCAGUGCCCCCAGCAUCUAGCCGGAUCCCCCGGCAUCGCCUCGUCCUUCCACGCCACCGUCUUGAGCCAGCUAAAGGUUAACGGCAUCAACACGGCUGCGUCUUCGUGUUGCGUCCCCACCGAGCGGCAGCCUCUGUCCAUGGUGUACUUCAACUCUCAGCACAGUAUCAUCAAAACCGACGUGCCUGACAUGAUCGUGGAGUCCUGUGGAUGCACAUAAGAGUUUGUAGCCUUGCGUAAGAUUUUUUUUUUUUUUUUAUGCUGCAGUCCUAGAGUAUUGUAUGUCAAGCACAGAUGGCCAAAAUGGCCAAUUACAUGCAUUUGUAGGCAAAAUAUUGGCUCAAAUAAUAUUAUUUUCUAAGUUGAAAGAUGACAAAUUACAGGCACAUAUGCAACAAAAUGCAUCAAAAAUUGCACCAAAGAGAUUCUUUUGCCAUGAUAUGGAUUUUUUUUUGACAGUUGGUGAUUGCGAUAUUAUAUUUUUUAAUUAAUCAGCAGAUUAAUUAAAAAAUAUAUAUAAUAAAUAAUUUUGAGGGUCUCCAGCAACAAUAGAAAUAUGAAAAAUAUGGAUUACAGGCAAAAUAACAGGCAAUAUAUCGUAACGUGUUACUUCAGAAACAAAUCCAACAAACGUUUUUUUCUUGUUGAUUUUAAAAUACCAAUUAAAUCGGUUGUCGGUUUAUUAGUCAGUUAACCAAAGUCAAAGUAACCAAAGUCAAAAGCUAUUUUUUCCGCUCAAUUUGUAACAGACACAACUGAGUGACUUUGGGGGCAUUAUGAGUGAGCGCCCCACCAAAAGGUUUGACGCAGCACUUCAACUGUAUUGUUGUCACAAGCAAUAUUUGCAGAUUGACAAAACAGUCAGCAUGUGAACUCAAGGUCAGGAUCUGGCAAAUAUUGGGACACGAUUGCCUCAGUGGUCAGGUAAUGUGAAGGUCUGUGCGGCAGGUGGGUCAAAUGGACAUGUUGUAUUUUAUGUUGGCGCAUUUUGUUGCCAAAGUCCAAAGUUUUCUGGUGUGAUGUAUAAUUAGAAGCUUUCCAGCAAAAGGCUGUUUGUUAAUCAUUCCACCGGAGACUUGACAUCAUCCCGAUUGCACCACAGGUGCUCCACUUGCUGUGCCUUGUGUUUGGGGUGCAUUCAAAAUGCCAGUAUGCAAAUGUAUGGUUAUAAAAUUACUCAAAAAGGCCAGUGUAACAUGUUGACACGAUGCAUCACAUUGUAAACCGCAAACCUGAAAUGGUAUUAAUAUUUUUCUUUAGCUACAAUUAAUAGGACAUACAUCUAUUGCCUACAAAGCUGCACUUGGGUUGUUAUUUUACUCUUUAAUGCAAAGAUUUUUUGGGGGAGCUGGGGAUUAUUAUUAUUAUUAAUAUUAUUAUAAGCAUCUUGUUGCCAUCAUACCAUAAUAAGCACUUUAUCACCCUGAGACAAUUGUGCUCGAAAAUGAUGUUCAGCAUAACCAAACUGAGAAUUGUUUUUUAUACAUGGUGUUAUAUUUUCUUGAAUGAAUCCUUGUCAGAUUUUUGUUCUUAAUGAUGGCAUCGCAGUUUCCAUGUACUGUAUGAAUCGUUUUGUAAAUAAAAGAACAAAUGCA